CCAUUCAGCAAGAAUCGCACAGAAUCUGCAACCUUGACAAUGAAGUCGGCACUGUCUCCAGCGUACAAACCACUGGGUACUCGAGACCGUGAUGUGCUCGAUGGCAUCCCCGAAAGCGAAGACGAUGUUCCUAAAGAGUCAUCCCAACCCCAAAGCUGCCAUACUCGACACAAACUGUUCCUCUGGCUGAAUGCCACGCUUUUCACACUAUCACUAUUCCUCUUCACCAUCACCGCGAGUCUCCUCCGCACCGACACAAACCAACUCCUCCGUCAAACAUCCGAAUACUCCCCAAUGUUCGACCAACUGCCCAUCCCCCUCCUAACCAAACAAAUGAACGCAACCCUAGUCGAGCCCAAUCCCUUACCCAUCUACCGGCAACCACCCAGCCCCUCCGUCGACGCAGCCUGGAACCGCCUCGCCAACAUCAACCCCAUCGCCAUCACGCGCAACGACGUGAUCAAACUAGGCCGCGACCCCGCCCAAGCCGCCAAAUGGCCGGAAAGCUUCGGCUUCGGACCCGACGCCUACAUCGGCCGCCUGGACAUCUUCCAUCAAAUCCAUUGCUUGGAUUGGCUACGUCGUGAAACGUACUUUGACCACUACUACGGGAAGAAGUGGCCGCCGGGGACGCCACCGUCAGACAUGCAUCGCACGCACAUCUCGCACUGCAUCUACAUCCUGCUUCAGAAUUUAAUGUGCAAUGCGAACGUCGACAUCUAUACGCAUUUCUGGGCCGAUGCGCAGUUGAACGCGUUUCCGGAUUUUAGUGUCAAUCAUAAGUGUCGGGAUUUUGAGGCCAUUUUGGCUUGGCAGGAGGAGAAUUCGGUGGAUGUGGAGAGGUUUGCGGCGAUAAGGAGGCCGGAGGGGGUGGUGGCGAGGGUUAUGUCGAGGAGGUUUAAGGAGUUGUUUGGGUGGUAUAAGUCACAUGAGGUUGGUGGGGGGGAUGAGCUGGGGGAGAUUGCGUAGAUGCAGUGGUCUGUUGGGUCUAGAUGGGAGGCAGCCGAUGGAGCGGGGUUGGACAGUUGAGUGUGAUUGUCGAUCCCUGCAUCACACUAGGUAGCCGAUAGUGGAUAUUGGAUGAUGAUUGGUUAAGCCUAAAUGACG